AUGUCUAACUACGAAGACGACAUCGAGCCCAUCGCAGACCCCGGCGAGUCCUCCACUUUGCUUGGCAAACGGCCACGCGGCAACAACGACGAUGCCACAGCAGGCGUCGACGCAUCCACAUCCGAGUCUGCCUUUUCGCGGCUCUCACCUGAACCCGACGAGGAUCUCAAUCUGAGCGAGGGUAAGCAUCCCGUAUGGCUUGUCAAGAUCCCCAAGUUUUUACUCCAGGCAUGGUCCGCCAUCCGCACCGACGAUCUGCGCCUGGGCACGGUUCGAGUCUACGAUCCCGACCAUACGGGCCACCAACGCAUGGAGUUGCUCUUACCCGAUCCACCGCAGCCAGCCGUCCCCACUGAACCAGGCAAGCCCAGGAAUCCGCGGUGGGACACCAUCCCGCGCGCAUACGAUCUCAAGCUAACCUCGGAUUCAGCCUCUACAUUGAAGCGCAACAUCUAUGCGUUCCGAGAAAAACUCGAAGACGUCGAUCCUUCCUCUUCGACUGCCACAGAGAAGCAGGAGGACGAAGAUUCGGACGAUUCGGACGACGGUCAAGGCCGUUCAAAGAAGCGCGGCAAGACACGCCGCAUCACCUCGCUCUGUGGAACUGUCACCAACGAGGCAGCGCUCCAGCCGCAGAUCCGCUCCAAUCUCGCCAGCAUGGACACCAAACCGGGCUCCAGCUCCAACAUGGGCAUCGGUGGAGCCGCGCCCAUCUCGGACUCGUACCGCGAGCUGCUGCGCAAACGACGCGAGGAGGCCUCCAAACCCAAGCGAACCAUCAAGAUGCUCGACUCGACCGAUGCAGGCCGACACAACAUGCUUGUCGCCGGUGUUGGCGCGGGCCUGGCCAACUCGCAGAAAUCGCGCUUCAACGCCGCUAUCUCGUCCAAACCCACAUCGUCGUCUUCUGGCGGUGGCGGCGAGAAGUUCGCUCGUAUGCCCAAGAACGAACUACUCGAUCUGCUGUUUACCUUGUUCGAACGAUGGCAGUACUGGUCCUUGAAGAAGCUGAGGGCUGAGACACAACAGCCGGAGAGCUAUCUCAGGGAGACGUUGACGGGUAUCGCUGAUCUGCACAAGAGGGGUCCCUAUGUGGGCAACUGGAGCUUGAAGCCCGAGUAUUCCGAUCUGCGCAAGGAGCAGGAGAAAGAGCAGCAACAGCAACAGCAGCAAAGAGCUUCGACAUCAACGGCGCAAGCGCAGAAUGACGACGACGAGGAUUAUGGCGAGAACGACAGCGAUGACGAUGACGAUGAUGGAGAGGACUUUGAUGAUGUUGUCUGA